AUGGUGGAAGACAGAGGGAAAGAAGCUGCGGUUGAUAUUCUAUCAGUUGAAGACUGGUUAUGUCGUGCACAAGAGCUUGUUCCUGUGGCCCUUGACAAGGCCAUUGAGGUUAAAGGCUUUCCUGGUAGAUGGAAGAUGAUAAUUUCCAAGUUGGAGCAGAUCCCAUCGCGUUUAUCAGACUUGUCAAGCCACCCUUGCUUCUCCAAGAACGCUCUUUGCAAGGAGCAAUUGCAGGCUGUGUCGAAGACACUCAAAGAAGCAAUUGAAUUGGCAGACUUAUGUAUGAGUGAGAAUUAUGGGGGUAAGCUUAGGAUGCAGAGUGAUCUUGAUGCCUUAUCUGGUAAAUUGGAUUUGAAUUUACGAGAUUGUGGGCUUUUGAUCAAGACUGGGGUGCUUGGUGAGGCAUCUUUGCCUUUAGCUGUGGCUGGGUCAUCAACAGAACCCGAGGCUGCUAUUCACAGCAAUACAAGGGAAUUGCUUGCCCGGCUUCAGAUCGGGCACUUGGAGGCGAAGCACAGAGCUCUUGAUACACUUGUUGAGGUCAUGAAAGAGGAUGAGAAGACUGUUUUGGCUGUUUUGGGGCGGAGCAAUAUUGCUGCUUUAGUCCAAUUGUUAACAGCAACUUCUCCUCGUAUUCGAGAAAAAACUGUUACUGUAAUCUGCUCACUUGCAGAAUCUGGAAGCUGUGAGAACUGGCUUGUUUCAGAGGGUGUUCUGCCACCUCUCAUAAGGCUUGUUGAGUCCGGUAGCAUGGUGGGUAAAGAGAAGGCUACAAUUUCUCUCCAGAGAUUGUCAAUGUCAGCAGAAACAGCCAGGGCAAUUGUUGGACAUGGUGGGGUUCGACCACUGAUUGAGAUCUGUCGAACUGGUGAUUCUGUAACACAGGCUGCAGCUGCUUGUACAUUGAAGAAUAUCUCAGCUGUCCCCGAGGUUCGGCAAAAUCUAGCAGAAGAAGGAAUCGUGAAGGUGAUGAUCAAUCUUCUAGAUUGCGGAAUUCUAUUGGGAUCAAAAGAAUAUGCAGCAGAAUGCUUGCAGAAUCUCACUGCCAGUAAUGACAAUCUGAAAAGAGCUGUUGUUUCAGAAGGCGGAAUUCGAAGCCUAUUGGUAUACCUUGAUGGUCCACUGCCCCAAGAAUCUGCAGUUGGGGCAUUAAGGAAUUUGGUCGGGUCGGUUUCUAUGGAAAUGCUGAUAUCUUAUGGUUUCCUCCCCCGCCUGGUUCACGUGCUUAAGUCUGGGUCACUGGGUGCCCAACAAGCUGCUGCAUCUGCCAUUUGCAGGGUUUGCACAUCAGCAGAGAUGAAAAAGUUGGUGGGUGAAGCUGGGUGCAUCCCUCUUCUUAUCAAAUUACUCGAGGCUAAAUCAAACAGUAUUAGGGAGGUUUCUGCACAAGCAGUUUCGAGUUUGGUGUCCCUUUCCCAGAAUCGAAGAGAAGUUAAAAGGGAUGACAAAAGUGUGCCAAAUCUAGUGCAAUUGCUUGAUCCAAGUCCACAGAACACUGCAAAGAAAUAUGCCGUAGCAUCCCUUGCAUCACUUGCUUCGAGUAAGAAAUGUAAGAAGUUGAUGAUUUCAUAUGGAGCAAUUGGAUAUCUCAAGAAGCUUACUGAGAUGGACAUCCCGGGCGCUAAGAAGCUACUCGAGCGAUUGGAAAGAGGGAAAUUAAGAAGUUUUUUCAGUAAGAAAUAG